UCAAGCAUCUCCAUAAAGUCAAGAAAUGCACAAACAAUUUACACAUAUGAAGCCAAAACGGGACACAACGUUAAACAAAGCUUGUAGUAGCAAGUGAAAUAUAUUUUACUCGCCAUAUUGAGAUGAAGGUCAUUAUCCGGCUCUUCUUGGAGGUGUUGCUGCGUAGUUUUGUUGAGUCUUCUUUUAUUUGCUGCAAGCUAGCUGCAGCACGGUGUUAGCAUAGUUAACUUUAAGCUAGCUGAUAUCGUUAACAGCAGUUAGCUCACUUUCAUGGUUGUUUUAUUUCCAACUUGCGGUGUUGUAACGUUACUGUACGACGGCUGGCUUCAUUUGACAUUUUUCCACCGUUUGCUGAGCCCGUUCGCAGUGAGACGACAGAGGACACUCGUUGAUAUUUACUUAAAGGAGACGGUUUCACCUGGCUUCCCACCGUCCAUUGGUCGAGUUAAACAGGUGACUGGCUGGCUGGAAGACCACCCUUCCCCUUCUCCUUCUGAGGACAUCCUAUUACAGGAGGGUGCUUUGGUCUCUCUUCCCCCGAGCAUGGAGCCCACCAAAGUCCAGUCAGAGGGUGGCCUCAAUGUCACCCUUACCAUCCGCCUCCUCAUGCAUGGAAAAGAGGUUGGAAGUAUAAUAGGAAAGAAAGGGGAAACGGUAAAAAAGAUGCGAGAAGAGAGCGGAGCACGGAUCAAUAUUUCUGAAGGCAACUGUCCAGAGAGGAUCGUCACCAUCACUGGACCAACAGACACCAUCUUCAAGGCUUUUGCUAUGAUUGCCUACAAAUUUGAGGAGGACAUAAUCAAUUCCAUGAGCAACAGCCCAGCAACCAGCAAGCCCCCUGUCACCUUAAGGCUUGUAGUGCCAGCCAGCCAGUGUGGCUCCCUCAUAGGCAAAGGAGGCUCCAAAAUAAAAGAAAUGAGAGAGUCCACAGGGGCCCAGGUUCAGGUGGCAGGGGACAUGCUGCCCAACUCCACAGAACGUGCAGUUACAAUCUCUGGAACCCCAGAAGCCAUCAUCCAGUGUGUCAAACAAAUCUGUGUGGUCAUGCUGGAGUCUCCACCAAAAGGUGCCACCAUCCCUUAUCGCCCAAAGCCUGCCUCCACACCGGUCAUUUUUUCUGGUGGCCAGGCCUACACAAUUCAGGGACAGUAUGCCAUACCACAUCCAGAUCAGUUGACCAAGCUCCACCAGUUGGCUAUGCAGCAAACCCCCUUUACCCCUCUCGGACAGACCACCCCUGCUUUCCCUGGUUUGGAUGCCAGUCCACCAGCCAGCACCCAUGAACUCACCAUUCCUAAUGAUCUAAUAGGCUGCAUCAUUGGACGCCAGGGAACCAAAAUAAAUGAGAUUCGACAGAUGUCUGGAGCGCAGAUCAAAAUUGCGAACGCCAUGGAGGGCUCGUCAGAGCGCCAGAUCACCAUCACAGGGACUCCUGCUAACAUCAGCCUGGCCCAGUAUCUCAUCAAUGCCAGGUUCAGGGACGUGGCUGCCAUGUGGAAUGACCCCUCAUCCAUGACUACAUCCUGAAGUCAUCCCCC